AUGCCGCCGAAAGGAAGCCAGUUGCUCAACCGCGUUCUAGCUCGAGAGCAUGAUGGCGACGGCGGGAGCAGUUCCAGUAGCGAGGACGACUACGGCUUGCAACAGAUGGCCGCCAACGCAAGCGCUGGACUCAAGAUGGAAAUGGAGAUGCUGCGCGAGAGCAAGGCAAGGGAAAAAAAGGAUGGCGUUGAGCGGAAGGCGUGCAUCGUAGACCGCAAUCAAUUCUUCAACACACAGAUUGGCAUCGGAUACCAACACAAGACGGUGGUGAGGCAGAGGACGGUAGAGCAGCCGACAGGCGCUGGACAGCGAGUGGUGGACAUGUCGGUAGCCGCAGCUCGAGGAAAGAAGGGGAAACGGUGUGCACGGCAAGGAGGCAGAGAAAGCGAUAGCAGCAGCAGCAGCAGCAGCAGCAGCAACGAAGAAGAGGACGAUGAUGGUGGUGAUGGAGACCGGAGGGGAAAGAAGAGAAAGAAAAAGAGCAGCGGCAGCGGCAGCAGGAGGAAGUCCUCCUCAAGCAAGACAAAGAAGAGGAAGAAGGACAAGGAUAGGGACGAGGAGCACGCCGGAAAGCGGGGGGAGAAGGCCAAGAAGGAGAAGCGAGACAAGAAAAGCAAGAAGUCCAGCCGACGGGGAGAGCGAGACGAGGGCAAGGACGAGGACGAAAGUAGUAGCACCACCCACAAGCGUAAGCACAAAAAGAAGCGGAAGCAGCGGGAGAGCUCAUCGGGGAAGAAACGCAGCAGCAAUGGCGACGGCAGCCGUGACGGAAUCGGGUCCAAGAGCAAGAAGAACAAGAGAGCGGUGGUCGGUUCUCCCGUCGAGCCCUCGUCAUCUUCUCCGUCCUCUUCGCCGAAAAGCUCGUCGGACGGGGAGUGCAGCGACAACGAACCCGCCGCCAACACCUCGACUGCUGCUGUGUCGCUAGGAGGGUCGAAGCGCAUGCCGCCGCCGCCGCCGAUCGCCGCUGGGGGCGGCAAGGGUCGGCUGCCAACCAAGGCUGCGGAAAGAGCGAGGGUCCCGCUGCAGCAGCUCCGAGAUUUGAUCGAGACUAAAAUCCGGCGGAAGCAGACCCUAGCGGCGACCACGGCUCGCGAGGAGGAUGGCGAAGAAGGUGGUUCUUCUUCAACAAGCUGA